GAGUAGUACAGCCUCGAUUAUCUGUGGUUCUAAAACUAUGAACGUUUCGAUGUCUCCGCGUCAUUGAAAACCGAGUUCACAUUCGGCAAGGUGAUGGACCGGCUCUCAAUUCCCAACCCUCACGUGCCAGGCCUUUUGAUAGGUUUAUAUCUCCAGCGUAUACAUCAAUGCCUAACCCCCGAAUCAUAGUCGUCACAGGCGCAAACCGCGGCAUUGGCGAAGGCAUUUGCAAGCUUAUACUGUCGCGACCUGGCAUCGAGCCAUUGAAGCUAUUCGCUGCUUCACGAUCCGGGGCUCACCUUGGCUUCAAGUCGUCUGACGAGAGCCGUCAAGUGCUCUAUCCAAAGCUCGACAUUGCGGACAAGAGCAGCAUCACCGCGCUCGCGACGGAAGUGAGGCAACAUGGUCCCGUAGAUGUGCUCAUCAAUAACGCCGGUAUCAACCUUGACAACGAGUAUGGUUACGACAAUGCGAAGAAGACGCUUGAGGUGAACUACCAAGGCACGUUGGAGAUGUGCCGUGCCUUCAUCCCUCUGCUCUCGCCGCAAGGUCGCAUAGUGAACCUUUCGUCCGUUGGGUCAACCUUAAAACCGUACAGCGAAGACGUCAAGGCGCGUUUUCGCAACGCCGAUAACACCGUCGAUGAUCUGGACCGUAUCGCUGCAGAGUACAUGGUAAGCACCUCAUUUUGCACUUGCAAGCCAGCCUAGAGACCACGUUGGUGACAUGGUGUCAUGCAGCAAACCGUCCAAAACUCCACCGAAACCAACUCCGGCUUCGGCGGCCCCGGACGCAGCUACAGCGUCUCCAAAGCCCUUGUCAACGCCCUCACCAGCCUUCUGGCCCGUAAUAACCCAGAUGUCACGGUAAACUGCUGCUGUCCGGGCUGGAUCGCAACAGACAUGGGUCGUCUCGUAGCGAGCAGGCAAACGCAGC